UGGCAUGGGGCGGCAGGAGGGCGGCGGGGCGGCGAAGCCUCGUGGGGACGGGUGCGGGGCGGAGGUUGCCGCCGAGGUGCGGUUGUCCCGGCGGCGCUGGGUCGUGGUGCUGCUCUUCAGCAGCUACUCCCUGUGCAACGCCUUCCAGUGGAUACAGUACGGCAGCAUCAACAACGUCUUCGUGCGCUUCUAUGGCGUGAGCACCUUUGCUAUCGACUGGCUGUCCAUGAGCUACAUGCUCACCUACAUCCCGCUGCUCUUCCCCGUGGCCUGGCUGCUGGACAAGAAGGGGCUGCGCCUCAUCGCCCUGCUGGGCUCGGCCCUCAACGCGUUGGGCGCCUGGGUGAAGCUGGGCAGCUUGCGGCCGCAGCUCUUCGCUGUCACCGUGCUGGGGCAGGUCGUCUGCUCCCUGGCGCAGGUCUUUAUCUUGGGCAUGCCCUCGCGCAUCGCCUCCGUCUGGUUCAGCUCCCGCGAGGUGUCCACAGCCUGCUCCAUUGCCGUCUUCGGGAACCAGCUCGGCAUUGCGCUUGGCUUUCUGAUCCCUCCUGUGCUUGUUCCCAAUGUGGAAGAUGAGGAGAAGCUGGCUUACCACAUAAGCAUCAUGUUCUUCAUGACAGCCGGCGUGGCAACAGCCCUCUUCAUCCUGGUCGUCAUAGUCUUCAAAGAGAAGCCUCCAUACCCUCCGAGCCGAGCUCAGGCCCUGAUCCAGUCACAGCCAUCAGAGGAAUAUUCUUAUGUGCAGUCGAUCCUCCGCCUGCUUCGCAAUGCCAACUUUGUGCUGCUUAUGGUCACUUAUGGUCUGAAUGCAGGUUGCUUCUACUCCCUGUCCACUCUGCUGAACCGCAUGGUAGUCCAUCACUACCCAAAUGAGGAGGUGAAUGCUGGCAGGAUUGGACUCACCAUUGUACUGUCAGGCAUGGCUGGUGCUCUGAUCUCUGGCCUCUGGUUGGACAAAACCAAAACCUACAAACAGACAACACUAGUGGUCUAUAUCAUGUCUCUGGUGGGGAUGAUAGUCUACACUUUCACUCUGGAUCUAGGCCACCUCUGGGUGGUCUUUGUGACUGCAGGCAAUCUAGGAUUUUUCAUGACAGGGUACCUUCCCCUGGGCUUUGAGUUUGCUGCAGAGUUGACAUACCCAGAAUCAGAAGGAACAUCAUCAGGGCUCCUUAAUGUCUCAGCACAGAUCUUCGGUAUUGCCUUCACCAUUGGCCAAGGGAAGAUCAUAGAUCACUUUGAGACAAAGGCAGGAAAUCUCUUUCUUUGUUCCUUCCUGUUCCUGGGGUCCAUUAUGACAGCAUUCAUUAGGGCUGAUCUCCGAAGACAGCAGGCAAAUGUGGAAAAUGAACACACAGAUGUUCGCAGAGAUGUCCGUUCAGCCAUCAGCGAACGGAAGCAUCAUGAAGCCAUCAGCGACCAUGACUAGAAAAGUGAAUAAGCUCAGUUCUCUGCUGGCUCAAGUCAGGUUUUUUCAGCAGAUGAUGCUGCCUUUCUCCCAUUAAUCUUGCCAGUCCAAUCUGGAGAGAGACCAAUCAGUUCCUCAGGAAGGUGGAUUUUCAGUUACAAAAUAUAUGCCUUUUUGUUUGUUUGCUUUGUUUUUAUAGAACUAUCUGAGCAUAAAGGCAGAAAGUAGGAUAAGUAGGGGGAAUUGAUGCUGCUGUGGGUAGUUGUUGUGCAUAAAGUUCUAGAGUAGACUGGGAAAAGUAAAGGGUGUAAAUUUACUUAGUUUGGGUAGAGUGGCGUCUCCUGUUGUCUCAACUUAAGAAUAGUUCUUGCUUUUUCUGCUCCGGGGCUGACAACUUCAGAUGAUUGUAGGAAUGGUAAGCAUCAGGGUUUACGCAACUAAGAUAGAAGACUGCUGCUCUCCUGGAAUCCUGGUAUGAGUAGACUUAAUGGGAAGAGACUUAGUUCAGUUGAGCUAGGGUAACAAGCAGUCUGUUUCAUCAUGUAAUCUGUAAUCAUCACCAUGAUUAGCAGUGAUGAAACAAGAUAAAAUGUAAGGUAAGCCAUCCUUUCUCUUCAAGCCCUCUGGCGGCAAGGUUGUCAUGAGAGUUCUGGUGACACAGUUAAUUCAUAACAUGUUUGUAGAAGAUCCAGAAAAUAUCAAGGUUGUGUCACCUAGUGGCAUUGAGGCCCUUUCCCUUCUUGUCAGGCGUUUAUCUUGCCAGAUGAAUUGUACUCUUUUGACACUUUUUGUAUAAAUCUAAAAUAAAGUUGUAAGAGUUUGCUACUGGAGAGGAGGUGUUGAGACCAGAACAGAAGUAGUACAGGUCACUUCCGUAACCCUAAAAGCUUCCAAAACUGACUGCAGUAAGAACCAGAGGGAUGCAUAUGAGGUAGUGGGUCUCAUCAGUCAAAAACUUCAGUGACAGCACCUUCCCUUGAGGACUCAUGUUCUGUGGAAGUCAUGAUAGACACCUCUUCCACCUCCACUACAAAUGGCUGGGCAUACCAGGUUAUUUCUCAGGCUUAACAGCCAGCGUCAAAUGCUUGACGUAUUGAAGUGAGGCUGAACCUGGUAUUCUGCAUUAUUAUGGAUCCCUCAACCAGGUAGGCAGAGGCGCAGUGUGCUGCCUUUGUGGGGAGUUCUGUUAGUGUCAGUACACUGGAGCUUUGCCAUGUGGCAUGGCUGACUUACCUGUGCUUGGGUGUUUGUACUGGUUUCUUUCUUACCUGUUCUUUUUUUUUUUCCUCCCCUUCACUACUUGCCUCCAUGUUUUCUGGGAUCUGACUUGUGGCUGUUGUUACAGAGACUUCAAGGCAGCAAUCAGAUCACGGCUUAUGGACUGUAGCUUGUAACCCCAAUCCCAUCAAUUCCCAUUCCUGUUUACUAGCUCACAUACAAAGGUAGGAGAAUCACACUAAUUUGCUUGUCUGAAAACUCACGGGUGGCACAGGCACCAAGCCAAUGAUACUUCUGGGACAGCAACAGCAGGCAUGGAGUGGUGACAGCUGCCCUUCCUGGGUUAUGGGUUUGAGAGGAAAGAUAAGACAGCUUUCCAGGGUAGUGAACGCCCACCAAGCUUGUGUUGGAUGAGGCAUUCAAAGAGGUGCAGCACUGCAAUGCCUGGUAUUGGAGCAGAUGAAGAACUGAAUUGACAGUAAGUUACAGGGGAGAGGAAAUGUGUUCGGAGACCCUUCUUGGAUGUAACUUUUACCAUCCAGAUCUUGUCUGGAAGUGGUACCAGGAGCUCUGUAGAAGAGUUGGCUUUCUUCACAACCAAUAACAAAGUCAUUGGGUUGGUGCCUUUUGGUAUAUAAGCACCUGAAAAUUGUAAAGUUCUGUGCAUGUCUUUCUGUGAAUCUUAGUGGCACUUGGCAUUUUCUCAGCUGUUGCUUUGGGUGUGGUGCUUUAUUACUCACUGCUCUCUGCUUUGCAUGCUGGCUGGCUGCUCUGCCAGGUUAACUGGGCUACCCUGUGGUUCUCAUCAAAUGUGUGUAUCAUCUUGUGGCCAUGAUCUAUGGGACUAACAGACAGAAGCCACAAGGGUCUCUUGGAGAAAACCGCCUCAAACCCGCUAAGGUAGGGCAUGAGUACAGGGAGUGUAAAGCUGCCACACUUUGAUGCAAGCAUGAGGAGCAGUUACAUGCACUAGGCAAGAUUUGCCUCUGGGCUGAGCACUUCUAAAGCUGUCCCCAUGUCUAUGACUUUUUUAGCUGGCAUAUAUCUAUCGUGUUCGCUUGGGAUGAGGUAGCUGAGGAGCUGUAGCUGCAUGAAUUAAGCAAGCCUGUUCUAGUAUAUUGGUAGUUUUUUUGAUGUCUGAAUCUUAUGCUGUUGUCUUCACUGGUAAUGGUCCUGUCUUGGUACAACUGCCAGUGUUACUGCUCACAUCCCAGCUGCAAAACAGGCAUUGUGAGGCUCGGGCAUGCUGUGUUAUAGCUAUUGCAAGGAGAAAACACAUUCAGAGUCAGAUGUGAGCUUGCAGAGAUUGCAGAGUUGUGUAGCUGUGCACCCUGUCCACUGUAAUGCUGGUUGUGUAGCCCUGUUGAUGACAGCAUGUUUUUUUUAUAUAUUGACCCAGCAGCAGUGCAGUCCCAUGGUGGAGGUGGAUGGUUGACUUACUGUUCUGUGUGGGACCUGUCAUCCGGUAUUGGGCCUAGCAAGGUUUGAAUCUUUCUGGUGUGAAAAUAGAAAUGAUUGGGUGGAGAACUGUCACAGCUUCUAACUGGAUGUUCAGCUUUGGUGCAGAGUAGGACUGUGAAACAGUCUGAUUUCACAGAGUAUACAGAAAAGAAACAUACACAUGCUAAUUCUCAUACAGAAAGAUCUUCACUAAGUCGUAUCUUCUGGUGAUGAAAUAGAAAGUCUAGAAUCUGGCUGAGCAGCUGACUUUGUCAGAGGGAAGAGGAAUGUAUAAUGCCACAGCAUCAGCGAAAAGAGUCGGUAUUGUUAUCUGCCUGCACUGUCUGCCCAGGAACCACAGCUUCCAGGCAGCUGCCUGUCAGAGCUUUUGGUGACUGUCAACACUGCAGGAUGGUUUCCUUCUCUUCCUGCAGGACCUGCCUUGUGCUCGCGAGCACUUUGUCUUCUGUCAGUGCCUUUUUGCUGCUUAAGGUUAAACAGAUGCUGCAAUUGAACUUGUAGUGGAUCUAAAUGGCAUUGUGAACACUGUUCUCUAUUGAGAAGUCUGUAAUGUAGUUCCAAAAGUCCUCUCAUUUGUGUCAGUUCCUAGAGCAUCAGCAGGGUUAGCUUUCUGUAUCUCAGGACACUUGAAUCAAAUGCCCACAAAGACUCAUUAUCAUGUAAAAUGGGCUAUAUUUUACUGUAAGUGUAUCUGAAGCCAUUCCAGCAUUCUAUCUUGGUGUUUCACAGUAGUGAAUUGGGAUCCAUAUUAUUGUCAUGUUUAUGCUGCGUACAGCCUGUGCUCAUCUGUUCCUGGUUUCCAGCAUCUAUGCAAACUGUCCAUUAUUGUUUCCUUACAUUAUGCAAUAAACAUCUUUGCUGAUUUUUGUAAUUGUUUUAAGUCAGAAGUGCCUUUCUACAAGAAAGCUCUUAAGCAACAAUUCUUUGGAAAUACUUCUAAGCUUAUGUGAAUCCUUUUUUUUUUUCUUUUUUUUUAAGAAACAAGUUAUCGUGCUUGUUUGCUUGUGCAGAAUCUCAAGGUGUCUUUACUGUCUUUUCCUUCAGACUGGGCUUUGCUAGCUCUCUUUGAAUAUACAAAUUGGAUUGAAGUGUAUUCAGGAAACUUUACAUCGAUUUCAUAUAGUAGGAGGUUUUUUGUGGGUUUGUGUGUCUGUGUGCAUCAAGAGCCUAUUUUUGAUAGCAGACUGUAGGUGGAAAAGUGAUUUCUGGCUUGUCCUGGCUUUUGAAUUGCAAUAAAAUUCAAAACUUUUGUCUGAAGUGCUACUCUACCAACAGGGCUGAGCACUAACGAGUGUAGGUGAUUCUGAGCAGGUCAGUGGCCAUCCUAGACAUGCAGCCAUAAUAAGGGAUUUGCUUAAAACGAGGCUUAAGUUCUGCUGUGUUCUCAAACUGUGUCCUGGAUAGGUCAGGACUCAGUCAGGGCUCAGUACCAUGUAUUGAUGGUUGUGCAUUUGUCCAGUAUGAAGUUGGGUCUGCUGAAUCUCAGUGGAACACCCAAAACUAUGUUGCCUUUUCAUCCCUAUGAUAGUGUAAUUUAGAGGCUGGCCACGACACCGUGGAAAGCAUUCUACUCCUGUAGCAUACUGGAGUCCCUUGGAAGCUGGAGCAUGCUCCAGCUCUAGUGAAAUACUGCCAGUAAAAAAAAAAAAAGAUGGAAUUUUGCAUAAUAGGCACAGUGUGUGCGCCCUCUCCUGUUUCUUAGACUUCCCUGCACCUUCUCUGUGUUUACUGUAUGGCAAGCAGCCUUCUUGCAAAGCCAUGGGCAGCCACCUGCAUGUCCUUUUCUAGUACUGUGUCUCCCACCUGUGGGAGCAGCCUUCCUGUCCCAAGGCAUGGAGCCCAGUGUCCUGGCCUAAACCGUCACCCCUGUAUCUCCAUAGCACAGAAGUGUUGAGUUCCCAGAGGUGCUUGGGGAGCCUGUUCAGAGCUGCCAGCAUGCUUCUAUGACUCACGGUUUUUCUCAAGCCUAAAUGCAGCUUUCCUGUUUCUCCUACCUUUAGCACUGCUUCAUGCAAUUCUUCCUGCCGAUGGGAAGUUUUUCCUUUUGUGUGCUUCCUGGCUCUUGCCUCCAGGCAUGUCUUUGAAGCUCUUCUGGUCUCACUCUGCAUUCGGAUAUUGCUGCUGACCUCUCCAAAACCUUUUCAGCUGCUGUUUGUGUAAGAAGCUACUUGGAGUGAAACUGUUUUGUAACUCUUGCUUUCAUGCUGCCUGGGCUUAUCUCAAACAGCACUGUGGAUGCAAACCUAUUUGUGCACCUCUGACUCCUGCCUCAGGUCUCAGUCUUGUGCUGCAGUGAGUUAACUCAGAGUCCAGGCCGUAGAAGACCCAUGUUUACCCUUACAGGUCUGCAUGCUGUCUUCUAAAUCAGUGACAGUUGAGGUGUCUCAGUGUAUCUAGCCAGAACUUGAAGAGAUUUCUGAAACCUGCUGGGGGACCUGGGAGUGUAAGGUAUAAUCAUAACUCAGCCUUCAAGGAUGCAGCAAGAGGGGCUGAUGCGGCCCUACCCAGGGAGGCUGAAUUGGAAUUGCAGAAGUUCAGCUGUUUUAUGCAGCCCCAGGUUGUGUUAAUUUGGCAGCAAGCUGUGUUGCCCUUGCUUUUCCUCUGUGAAAUGACUGUACAGCUGCUUCUGUUUUAAGGGCAGAAAUUGUAGGAAAGUUCAGGUAAUCAGGCUAAUUCUUUCAGGGGAUUUAGGGGAGAAAAAAAAAAAAAAGCAGCCUGGGAGAUGAAGAAGCCUCAGACAUGCCAGAGAAAAGUCAGAAUUGGAGCUAGUUGCUGUGCUGAGCCUCCUGCUGUAAGAUACAGAGAGUGCACAGGGUGCAACUUCUCUGGGGCUCCCACAGAUACUGCCCUUCUCCAUGGCGUGAAGGAAGAGUUCCCAUUUCUUCCCUUGCCCACAGAACUGACCCUGCAGCUUCACCACUUUGAGGUCAAUCUUGUAUUGCUGUGACAUCAUCUGAGGACUCCUGCAAGCAGCUUUAGAGAAGUGGGAUCAUUGCUCUGCUCUGCUGCCUGCAGUGUCCCUUGUCUGGGCAUGGAAUGUUCUGAAAGAGUGAGCCAGGUGCACUCCUGGAUUGAGCCCUCAGUGUAGUGCCCAAGUGUGGCCACCCAAGAGCCUAACCAUUUUCUUUUUCUC